UCCCGCCGCUGAGCCGGUCCCGGUGCUGAGACGCGCUGGAGGCGCACGGAGAGCGGGACACCUGCCCGCCACGUUCAUCCCCAAACGACCCCCUCCACCCACCGGCCAUGACGAACAAGUACAACCAAGCGUCCCCGGAGCGGCUCGACAACAUGCCGAGCUUCGAGGUGACUCUGCAGCAACUCAACGACCUGCUGACGGACGACUGCGGCUUGUACAGCCGCCCGACGCGACACUUCCACGAGGUCUCCCCGCGGAUCUACGUGGGCAACGCGUUUGUGGCGAUGAAUGCGAUGCGCCUGAAGCGGCAGGGCAUCACCCACGUCCUCAACGCGGCUGAGGGGAACUCCUUCAUGCACGUCAACACCAACGCCGAGUUCUACGCCGGCACGGGCAUCGUCUACCACGGCGUGGCAGCCAGCGACACCGACCACUUCGACAUCAGCGUGUUCUUCGAAGAGGCCGCGGAGUUCAUCGAGAAGGCGCUGGCGUACAAAAACGGAAAAGGUAAAGUGUACGUUCAUUGCAGGGAAGGCUACAGCCGCUCGCCCACCUUGGUCAUAGCCUACCUGAUGCUUCGCCGCAACAUGAACGUUCACGCCGCUGUGGCCACGGUGCGGCACAAACGGGAGAUCGGCCCAAACGACGGCUUCCUCCGGCAGCUCUGUCGGCUGAACCAGCGGCUCGCUGCCGAGGGAAAGUUCUGCAACAAGUAAAGCAGAUAGACAAUCCCAAAGAGAGUAGAUGUCAUUGCACAUUACUUUAUUCCACUUGUUCUGCACCUUUAAGGAGGGGAAAGAUUGAAAUUGGGACUGAAUUUGCAUGUUUACAACCAAAUCAUACACAAAACCCUUUGAAAAGACGACACAGUAUUUUAACAAGACAACGCAGUAUUAGAUCCCUCUUGGUUCAGGUCUAUGUGAACAUGAAUAAUCCGUAAGCGUGUUUUAUUUUAUAUUCUGUGUGGUCUGUUGUGUUUUCCUGCUGCUCACUAUUCCAGAGAUACAUAAAGGGAAUGUUAAUAUUCUAAUAAUCUGAAAAUAUUUGUGCCCUUCGUCUCGGCCUCACACCUGCAACAACUGCCAAAUCCCUUUGCCAGCUGCUCCCAGAUUCACUGUGAUUUUUUAUUUUUAAAUAGAUUUCAAGUUACCAGAGGAUGCCAUUGCUUUAUCCUUUGCCUAUUAGGUUUAACAAAACUGUUAAUUCUUUGAAUUGCGUUGCACACCAGUUGAGAAGUCCAGUCUGUCAUACAUUUGUCUUGUUGGUGUUUUAUAGGAGGAGAAGGAGCUGAAAGGCGGGUGAAAAAACAAAACAGUUCUAGCGAUCCGUUGUUUAAGUCUGGUCUAAAUUGUUUUAUUUGUGUUCACAACUCAAGAGCCUUAUUUUUGUUGCUUUAUCUGUGAAGGAGAAAAGGUUUUGCCAAAGUAUUUUUAAUACUCAGCACUGUUACAUGUUCUUAAUAGCAUUUUCUUUUAGGUGAGUUUUAUUUAAAUAACUUGCUAACACGCAUCUUGUGUUUAGAGUGAAUGAAGAAAUUAAAGGUUACUUGGAACAAUG